AUGGUGGCGACUGAGCUUCUUUCCACGAAUGACGACGAUAGCAUCAAGAGGAUUACGAGCAUUAUGACUUCAGAAGCGAAGGUAGUGCUCCUUGAGCCAGUUGAUGGUACGGACGAAGAGUCCGUUAGAGAGCGAUUGACUGCAUGUGGAUUCAAAAACAUCGACAUUGUUGACGUCACCGAGGAGUGCCGAAGCGCAGAAGCAUCCUUUUUCAACGACCAUAAUUUGGAUGUCGAGCCAUCUGAUUGUAAUUACCUACUCAUCAAAGCAUCACUCUAA